ACGGUUUUUUUUUUUUUAUUAACUUGAAAGCAAAAAAAAAAAACAAAAGAUAUUCAUCAUCUCUUUCAGUCAGGGAUAUCGAAACCUCCAGCUACUAUGAUGGUUAUCACCCGUCCAGUACCAAAGGUCGCUUUUCUUCUCAGCCUUAUAAAUGAUAACGGAUACCACACUGUCUUUCCGUUCCCAUUUGAUUCUCCCGACUCCACUGAUCCCAAGUGCCUCUGGGAAUACUCUCUUCUGGCAGUGGCAGAUUCACAGCCACUUGAGGAGGUUAAGUCUUGCGUCUGGGUUUGCUCGAUGUGCAAUAGAUUAAGUGGCACAUGCUUUGAUGAGUUCAUCACGCAUCUCUCUAGUCGAGAACAUGUAGACAGGAUUCCGAUCUUUUCCGCCCGCCUUGAGCAGAUUCCCAUGGAAGAAUACAGAGAGAAGUAUUCAACCGACAAUUACUUCCUCGAGGCUGCCAUGAUUAAGGAAUACGAGGAGGAGGAUGAGGAUGCUACUACCAUAGUGAGUGAACAAGCAAUCAAAGGCCUGUUUUGAUAUCUAUCUGAACACGUUGAGAUUUAUAAUCUUUCGAAUUCUUGGGUUUUCUGGAUGAAUACGAAAACAUUGUAGGCGUAGUAGCGAAAGCACAAGAAGAGGAGGACAUGAAGAUGAAGAUGAAAAGUUACAUGGCCCUUGGUGUUGUUUCUUCUCUAAGGCCUUCCGUAUAAUUUGUAUGCUUUGCUCUAGUUCCAGCGGCAAUUGUUGGGUGAACUUAUAUAUAUAUAUAUAUAUAUAUAUAUAUAUAUCUUAUGCUUGUAUAAUCUCGUUUUUUUAUUGUAUUUUAAGUUAUGGAGAUCGGACAUAGUAAUAUGUUUCGGAUGAUCAAAUAAUGUGACAGCUAUGUUUUUA